AUGGCCUUUAUCCUAUCUUUUGCCCACAAGAUCAGCGCAGCACAAGGGUCAAUAGCAUUCGUGGAUGAUUACACAGCCUGGGUAACAGGUCCGACAGCUGAAUCAAACCGAUCAGGCAUCCAGGCUAUUAUCAAUAGAGCUCUAGACUGGGAGAGACGGAGUGGGGCUACAUUCGAAGGCCAAAAGACAGCCAUUGUGCACUUCACCCGGAAUAUAGACCGGUCGAGCAGUACGCCAUUCGUAAUCAAAGGAAAACUGGUCAAACCAAAGGACAGCGCAAAGAUCCUAGGAGUGGUGAUGGAUUCCCAGCUACGCUUCGAGAAACACAUUGCAAAUGCCGCCACUAAAGGACUCGCGGCAGCCAUGGCACUGAGAAGGCUAAAGAUGAUAUCCCCGCGGACUGCAAGACAAUUGUUCAGAGCAACAGUGGCACCAGCGGCGGAUUAUGCCUCUAGUGUCUGGAUGCAUGCUUGUGGCGUAAAAGGAACACAGUAUUUGAAUAGAAUGCAGAAGCAUGGGGCUAUCGCAGUGACAGGAGCCUUUCGGACAGUGGCAACGGCAGUGGCGGAGGCAGAAGCAGCCAUUCAACCGUUCCACAGUCGACAUAUGGACAAAGCGGCGAAACUGUGGAUCGACAUUCAGACACUACCUAAAUCAAAGCCCCUGGUCAAACUGAGGACUAUUACAACCCGGAGGUUCAGGUCUCCGCUCCAGCGGAUAGCUCAGUCACUUGAGGCAACAGCAAGGGAACGGAUAGAGACUAUUCAGGCAUUCUCGGUGUCACCAUGGACAUACCGGAUACAAACAAUAUGCGAAAAGGACCACGAGAAGGCUAUUGAGCUUGCAAAUCAGGCACCAUUUCAAGCCAAAUCAACGGCGGUUAAACUGGCCCUUGCUAAACAACGACAAGAAUGGGCUCUCCCAGCGAGCAUCGGAAAAUACUCAAAGGCUAUCGACAUUGCACUUCCAGGAAAGCACACAAGAAGUCUGUACGAUAGACUAAAUCGGAAAGAGGCAGAGACUCUAGCUCAACUGCGGACAGGCAUGACAAGGCUCAACAGCUAUCUAAAUAGGAUAGGCGCAGUAGACUCUGAUCUUUGUGCUUGUGGCCAAGCAAGCGAGACUGUGGAACACUUUUUAUUCCGCUGCACGAAAUGGACAACAAAACGGGAAGACAUGAAUCAAUGCACGCAGACAAAACGAGGAAAUCUGUCCUUCUUUUUAGGCGGAAAAUCACGCUCAGACUCUGACCGAUGGCAACCGGAUAUGACGGCCGUCCAUGCAGCAAUCAAGUAUGCAAUGGCAACAAAAAGACUGGAACAGGAACCCGUAUCUGAACCUCAAUCAACACAGUGA